GAAGAAAAGAACACCUAAAUUUCAUAAAAGAAAAAAAAAAUCCAACAACGGCUCGACUCCGUCACUCUUCGAUUUCUCUUUCGAAGCCAACUCUUACAAAACUUCCUCUCUGAAAAUUUUCCGUCACUUUCUCGGGAAAAUAACAGAAGAGAUAUAAAUAAGGUACCACUUCCUAUGGGCCGAAACUCUUCUCCUCCGAUACUCGACGGCAAUGGAAACGAGAAUGGCAAAAACAAAAACAGUGAUAACAACAACAACGACGAUCAAGGAUUCUACACGAUCCGUGAUCGAUUGCCUUUCAAGAGAAACCCUAUCCACACCCGAGAUCGAACCAAGCAGUCUUCUUUACUCGACCGGCCUUUAGUCCGGAACCGUCCCCGGUUCAACCGGAAAGGAUUUUGGCUCUUUCCUUUGCGAGGCAUUUAUUUGUUUUAUUUUUUGAUAUUUUUCUCGGUUUUCGCUUUCGCUAUGGCGUCGAUGCUGAUGCAGAGUUCGAUUGCGGCGGUGGUGUUUAGGCAAGGAGGAGAGAGGGGUUGGAGGAAGUCGGUUAAAGAAGGGCUCAGGCUCGGGAGCACGUUGAAGUUUAUGCCGGCAGGGAUCUCACGGUGGGUCGCCGAAGGCGGUGGACUUGAUCGAAUGAAAUCGGCUGCCAGGAUCGGCGUUCGUGGCCCUAGACUUGCUCUUAUUUUAGGGAACAUGAAGAAAGACCCUCAGUCAUUGAUGAUGCUUACUGUGGUAAAGAGUCUUCAGAGACUUGGCUAUGUAAUAAAGAUUUAUGCUGUAGCAAAUGGCAAAGCACAUGCAAUGUGGGAGCACAUAAGUGGUCAGAUUUCAUUUUUAGGUCCAGAGCAAUUUGGUCAUAUUGAUUGGUUAAUCUUUGAAGGUGUUAUUGCUGAUUCUCUCGAAGCAAAAGAGGCCAUCUCAAGCCUUAUGCAGGAGCCUUUUGAUACAGUACCACUUAUAUGGAUAAUUCAAGAAGAUACUCUGGCAAAACGUCUUCCUGCUUAUGAGGAGAUGGGCUUGGAGCAUCUUGUUUCUCAUUGGAAAAGUGCUUUUACCAGGGCCAAUGUUAUUGUGUUUCCUGAUUUUACUCUACCGAUGUUAUAUAGCAUGCUAGACACUGGAAACUUCCUUGUAAUUCCUGGAUCACCAGUGGAUGUGUGGGGUGCAGAAAGUUACAGUAAGACCCACGCAAAGCAUCAACUAAGGAAGGACAAUGGGUUUAGUAUGGAUGAUAUGGUGGUGCUAGUUGUUGGAAGUUCUUUCUUCUAUGAUCAGUUAUCAUGGGACUAUGCUGUUGCAAUGCACACUAUAGGACCUCUUCUUAUGAGAUACACAAGGAGAAAUGAUGCAGGAGGGUCAUUUAAAUUUGUUUUCUUGAGUGGUAACUCCACUGAUGGGUAUUAUGAUGCUUUACAGCAAGUUGCAUCGCGGCUAGGACUUACUCAAGGCUCUGUUAGGCAUUAUGGCUUGGAUGGUGAUGUCAAUGGAGUUUUAUUAAUGGCUGACAUUGUUCUAUAUGGUACCUCCCAAGAAGAACAGGGGUUUCCUUCAUUAAUUGUCCGAGCCAUGACCUUUGGUAUCCCUGUCAUCACACCUGAUUUUCCUAUCAUGAAAAAAUAUGUGGUUGAUGGAACCCAUGGUGUUUUUUUCCCAAAACAUCAGCCUGAUGCUUUGUUGAGGGCUUUCUCUCUUUUGAUUUUGAAUGGCAGACUCUCCAGAUUUGCUCAGACAGUUGCUUCUUCUGGAAGACUGCUUGCUAAGAACAUUUUGGCAUCUGAAUCCAUAACUGGUUAUGCAAGCCUUCUUGAAAAUUUACUCAAUUUCCCAUCAGAUGUCUUGCUGCCAGCUCCUGUUUCUCAACUUAGGCAGGGAUCAUGGGAAUGGAAUGUUUUCGGGAUGGAAAUCGAGCACGGAACUGGUGAUAUUUCCAGAAAUUUUAGUGUUGUUUAUGCCCUUGAGGAGGAAUUUACCAAGCACACCUUUUCAUCAGACAUAUCUCAGAAUGGAGCUGAGAUUCAGGAUCAGGAUAUCCCAACUGAACAGGACUGGGAUAUCGUGACAGAAAUUGAGAAUUUUGAAGAUUAUGAAAGACUUGAAAUGGAAGAGGUUGAAGAAAGAAUGGAGAGAAAUCCUGGUGUAUGGGAUGAAAUAUAUCGAAAUGCUCGGAGAUCUGAGAAACUGAAGUUUGAGGCAAAUGAAAGAGAUGAGGGAGAGCUAGAAAGGACAGGUCAACCAGUAUGCAUUUAUGAGAUCUAUAGUGGCGCUGGGGCCUGGCCAUUCUUGCACCAUGGAUCUUUGUACCGAGGACUAAGUCUUUCUAGGAGAGCAAGGAGGUUGAGAUCAGAUGAUGUGGAUGCUGUUGGUCGACUUCCAGUUUUGAAUGACACUCACUAUCGGGAUUUGUUAUGUGAAGUUGGAGGGAUGUUUUCCGUUGCAAAUAGGGUGGAUAACAUUCACAAGAGACCUUGGAUUGGUUUUCAAUCAUGGCGUGCUGCUGGUAGGAAGGUUUCAUUGUCCACAAAAGCUGAAGAUGUUCUGGAAGAAACAAUUCAAGGAAGUAAAGGAGAUGUAAUGUACUUUUGGGCGCGCCUUGACGUUGAUGGUGAAGGUGCAGGCACCAAUGAUGCACUCACAUUUUGGUCAAUCUGUGAUAUGUUAAAUGCUGGACGCUGCAGAACUGCUUUUGAAAGUGCUUUCCGCAAGAUGUAUAUAUUGCCAUCGGAUAUGGAAGCUCUUCCUCCCAUGCCCAAAGAUGAUGGUCACUGGUCUGCCUUGCAUAGCUGGGUGAUGCCAACCACUUCCUUUCUGGAGUUUGUAAUGUUUUCACGGAUGUUUGUUGAUUCCCUUGAUGCCUUGCAUACCAACUCUGGUGAGGUCAAUUUGUGUUUGUUGGGUUCCUCAGAGCUUGAGAAAAAACACUGUUACUGUCGGGUAUUGGAACUCUUGGUCAAUGUCUGGGCUUACCAUAGUGGGCGGAGGAUGGUCUACAUAGAUCCACACUCUGGUUUGCUCGAAGAGCAACAUCCAGUUGAUCAGAGAAAAGAAUUUAUGUGGGCUAGAUAUUUUAACUUUACAUUAUUAAAGAGUAUGGAUGAAGAUCUAGCAGAGGCUGCAGACGAUGAAGACCACCCGAGGAAGAUGUGGUUGUGGCCAUUGACAGGGGAAGUGCAUUGGCAAGGAAUUUAUGAGAGGGAGAGGGAAGAAAGAUACAGGCUGAAGAUGGACAAAAAGAGGAAAACUAAGGAGAAACUAUUUGAAAGGAUGAAGAAUGGGUACAAGCAGAGAUCACUCGGAUAAUAGGAUACUUAGAAGCUAAAUCUAGAUGACUUUAUACUAACUUAGAAACACUCGACUUCUAGCACAGCUACUGAACCCUUAUUUUUUCCCAAACUGGGAAGAGCGGAAAACUGCUGCAUACAAGAGAAGCCUAGUUACAUCUAACAGCACAGUUGGAGAAAUUUUAUUCUUCUCAUUUUUUAUGUCAAGUAAAAUUGCUUUCAAGGAGGAAGGGGAGAACAAAGCAGCUUCCCAGCAAUUUCGGUUCACUAGCGAUUCAAAGCCGUUUCACAGGGUUUUCUCAUGAGGCACACAGCAUACCAGGAUUCUGGUAAACAUGGCAAGACUGAUAGAAAUUCCUUUCACCAUAUAGAACAUUCAAUCCAGUAGAUAUAUUCCUUUUUUUUUUUCGUUCUCUAUUUAAUUGGCGCUGGUAGAUAUAUUCUUUCAUCAUUGUAUAUUUUAUUUUGGUUCAGGGGGGGAAAGAAAAUGAAGGGGCAAACUAGGAUUGUAGUUUGAUCAGAAUUGUAGUUCAGUUUCUGGUGAGGCUUGCUUUUCUGAUUGUUUUAUUCUAUUGACAGUCUGAUAAGGCAAACUAGGAUCUUGUUUUGUUUUUUUUUUUGAUAAUAUAGAAUGGUCCCUCCUUUUGACUA